AUGGACGAUACAAAGAGGAAAGCACAUAGGAAGUCAAAGGUUGGCCAAAAGGCCGAGAAGAAGAAGGCAGUCAAACAGAGAAAGUUAGGAAUAACAAAGGAGGUCAGAUCAAAGAAUCCAAAGGCAUUCGUAUUCUCAUCGGCACAUGCUGCACUCAAAGCACAGAGACGUUCACUCGACUUGCAUCAAAAGCGUGUCGACCUACCAGUCCUCGAUCAAUCAGGUACCGCUGACGAAGUACCUCCCAUCGUCAUUGCAGUAGUUGGUCCACCACAAGUUGGCAAGUCCACACUCAUUAGAUCAUUGAUCAAGAAUUAUACAAGAUAUUCGGUUGGUGAUAUAAAGGGACCAAUCACUAUUGUGGCCAGUAAGAGACGUAGGAUUACAUUUGUUGAGUGUAAUAAUGAUAUCAACUCUAUGAUCGAUACGGCAAAGAUUGCCGAUUUGGUAUUGUUGCUGAUUGACGCCAGUUUUGGAUUCGAGAUGGAGACGUUUGAGUUCCUCAACAUCCUCCAAACACAUGGAUUCCCCAAGGUCAUCGGUAUUCUUACUCACCUCGAUGGCUUCAAGAACAACAAGACACUCAAGAAGACCAAGAAGAAGUUAAAGGAUCGUUUCUGGACUGAGAUCUAUCAGGGCGCCAAACUCUUCUACCUCUCUGGUAUGAUUCAUGGAAAGUAUCCAAAGCAGGAGAUACAUAACUUGGCCAGGUUCAUUUCUGUUGCCAAACUCAUUCCACUCAGCUGGCGCAACACUCAUCCUUAUGUGUACGUCGACCGUUUCGAAGAUACGACAGACGUCGAGCAGAUCAAGCAGCGACCAAAGGACGACAGAUCCAUCUGUCUCUAUGGUUAUGUGCGUGGCACCUAUCUCAAGCCUCACAUGAAGGUACACAUUCCAGGUGCUGGUGACUUCCGCAUGAAGUCGAUCACACCACUCAGCGACCCAUGUCCACUGCCCGAUGAGCGCAAGAAGGUGCUCAACGGUAAAGAGCGACUCAUAUAUGCCCCAAUGGGUGACAUUGGCAACGUCCUGUACGAUAAGGAUGCAGUCUACAUCAAUCUCCCAGACAACAGGAUCAACUUCUCAAAGAUCAAAGAGGGCAAGAUCGUGGAGAAGGACAGCGAUGAUGAAUACCAGGAGGAUGGUGACCAGGAGUCAGAUGAUGAGAUGGGCGACCAGGGAGUUGGAAUGGUCAGGAAGCUGCAGAAUACUAGAGUGGGCCUUGAUGAGAAGAUGGAGGAGUCAGAGGUGUCACUGUUCUCAAACAGUGCUCCAAUCAAGCUGAAACCAAUCUCAAACAAGAGGAGAGCCGAUCUGGACCGCGUGGACGAGCUGAGCGAUAGCGAGUACUAUGGCGGCGAGCCCGAGCAACAAACACAGCUGGCCACGGCCAAGUCGACCACCAAGAAGGUCGAGGUGCGCGAGAUUGUCGACGGCCGUGAGAGAAGGAAGGUCAAGUUUGUGCAACUCAAGAAGGUGCCAACCGACCUGGCCAGUGACGAGGAGGACGACGAUGACGUCAAUGGCGCAGCAGAGGGCAUGGACAGCGAUGAUGACCAAUCUGACGAAGACGACCAAGACGAUGACGAUGAUGGAGAGCACAAAGUACAAGAUGACAGUGAUGUCGAAGGAGAGAAUCUACGAUUCGACGACGAAGAUGAUGGCAGUGAUGUAGAGUUGGACGACGAAGAGUACUAUGACCCAGCCAACGAGGACAAUGACCUCGAGGGUGAGGACGAAGAUGAGGAUGAUGAAGACGAGGAAGAGGUGGAGGUCGACGAUGAUGAAGACGAGGACGAGGAAGAGGAGAGCUCCAAGUGGAAACAGAACAUGAGCAAUCACUUCCAAGCCAGCAAGUUGAUCAAUCAAAAGGUCAACUUGGCCAAGCUCAUUUAUGGAGACCAAUCACAGUCCAAGAAGGACACAAACAACAAUGACGACGAUGAGGACGAUGAUGGCGAGUUCUUCAAGGUCAAGAAGGGUGGAUUCGGCUCGAUGAGACUCAAGAAGGACAUUGAGGCACAGCAGUCCACUGGACUCAAUCAACUCGAUUCAUCAAAGAACACUGCAUCAGUUACACACACCAACGAGUUCAGAGACGCACCCGACGUUAAGGCUCUGCUCAUGUCAAGAUUCGUGGACAAGGACGAGCUGGCCGCCCAUGGUGCCGUCGGUCGCGAGGGUGACCAAGACGACGAGGUACUGUUUGGCGACUUUGAGGAUCUUGAGACUGGCAAGAAGUUUGGUCCAGGCGGCAAGGAGGCUGGCGAUGACGAUGAGAAGGAUGCGGACGACUCAGAGGACGAAGAUGGCGACAAGAAGGGCUCAAAGAAGGGAGGCAACGGCGACAAGGACGAUGAUGACAAGGAGGCCAACUUUGACGAAGACAGGAAUAGAAACAAGGAGCGUAAGGAGCGCGAGAUCAAGAGGAUCAAUGCCAAGUACGAGGCCGAGGAGGAGGACUAUGCCCACGAGAUGACCGAGGCCGUCAAGAGACAGCGCGCCAUCAACGAGGCAGAGUUUGCCAAGGAUGACAAGCUGAGCCGUAUGCAAUACGCCGGUUUCCCCAUCGGUGUCUAUGUGCGCAUCGAGUUUGAGGCCGUACCCUACGAGUUUGCACAUCACUUUGAUCCACACUACCCAUUGCUCGUCGGUGGCCUGCAGGCCAACGAGGAGAACCUGGGCAUGGUCAACGUCAAGAUCAAGAAGCACCGCUGGCACAAGAAGCUGCUAAAGACGAACGACCCCCUGAUCAUCUCGAUGGGCUGGCGCCGCUUCCAGACCAUGAUGCUGUACUCGAUUCAGGACAUCAACGGCCGUAACAGAAUGUUGAAGUACUCGCCGGAGCACAUGCAUUGCCAGGGCAGCUUCUACGGCCCGAUGACGCCGCCCGGCACGGGCUUCAUCGCCUUCACACAGCUCAACUCCAAGCAGGCGUCGUUCCGAGUGAGCGCCAACGGCAUCAUUCUGGACCUGGACAGCACGAUCAACGUGGUCAAGAAGCUGAAGCUGACCGGUCGCCCCUCCAAGAUCCUCAAGAAGACGGCCUUUGUACAGGGCAUGUUCACAUCACGUCUCGAGGUGGCCAAGUUCGUGGGCGCCACCGUGCGCACCGUGUCUGGAAUUCGUGGACAGAUCAAGAAGCCGCUGAGCGCACCCGAGGGUGCCUAUCGUGCCACAUUCGAGGACAAGCUGCUGAUGAGCGACAUCAUCUUCCUGAGGACCUGGUAUACUAUCCAACCAACCAAGUUCUACACACCCGUCACCAACAUACUCAAGCAGGACAAGUCCGAAUGGCAGGGCAUGAAGACCGUGGGCCAGCUGCGUUACGAGCACGGCCUGAGGGCGCCCAUCAAGGAGGACUCUGUGUAUCGCGAGAUCGAGCGUCCCAAGCGCGAGUACCGUCCAAUGGAGAUCCCAGCCUCACUUCAGAACCAGCUGCCAUUCGACCUCAAGCCCAAGUUCAAGAAGGAGAGGAAUGAGGCCGAUGCGCUGUUGUCACAUCGCGCCGUCGUCCUCGAACCACACGAGAAGCGUGUCGCCGACCUGAUGAACAAACUCGAGAUGAUCAGGAAUAAGAAGAUCAUGAAGGAGCGUCAACAUUCAGAGGCCAAGCGUAAAGAGAACCAAAGAGUCAAGAACAAAGAGAAAGAGAAGAUGGAGGAGCGCCAGAAGGAGCAAAAGAAGCGCAAGUUCAAGAUCGAUGCUCUCAAGUCAAAGAAGAAGCCAAAGCAGCAUGCUUAA